AUGGACGAAGUUUUGGGCGGUCACGCCGUUGUCUCAGGUAGGCCUCCAAGAAUUCCAAUGGCGCAUUCUAAAAGACAUUCUCUACAGUCUGGAGACUCAAUAACUAAGUUCAACAAGCUAAAAAAGCAUGCAAGCCAACCAAAGCUUCGAAAAGAUGUCCUCAGUGGAUCACUGGAAUGCUUAAACUUGGACAGCUCACGAAGAUAUUCCAGUUUAGCGCAACUCAAUGUACAGUCACUGAAGGCAAGUGCAAAAACUUUGAGUGCCAGUAAUCUAGCCGCUAUUUCAGACUCCAAUCUUUCCUUAAAGGAAGCAAUGCCGCUGCGAAGCUAUGAUCAACCGAACUCGUCCUUUGCCGACGCUAAGAGCCAUUUUGAAGAGCUGGUUAAAUGUUAUUUUCGACAGCUCACGAAAGGUUGUGGAGACGAGAGCUGUCAAAACAAAUUUUGUGUCUCCAGCAAGGGGGGAGUCAAGCUCGCCCCAGAUGUGGCUGGUAUCAUGAGUAUUGAAUUAGCCACAAGAAACAAACAAUACAUUUGUACUCUCAGCAAUCAAAAAACAGGUCCUUUGCCGGCCAAGCUGUUUGAAGGGGAACCAAACAAACCCAGGCCUUUUCUGCACUGUUUAUUUUCAACCACUCCAUUCCAAACACUAUUCCAACCAUUUUCGCAGAGGAGACAUUCAGAAAAGGGUUCGAACUUUCCGACCAAUUUGAUUAAAUCAAAGAAAAUUUAUGAAAAUCAAAUAUCAGGAUCCUGGAAUAUAGUUGAAACUGAAGUUAAGGCUGGUGAUGUGGACCAAGAAAUACUCGUUGCUUCUGGUGAUAAAUCUGUAGUUGUUGAGGAAAUUGGUAAGAAAGGAACUCAUUUGCAAACAGAUGAAGUCAAAGAGGCUCCAAAAAGACAUGUUUUUAAUCUUGACACAGAAUUUUCCAAAGUGAAUCUGUCAGGUAAUCUUAUGACUGAUCAUGCCCUUCCUGGAAUGCCACCAGAGUUGUUCAGCUCAAAUAGCUCGUUAAAUGAUAUUGUAGACUUGGAAGAGUUUGAAAAAGAGUGUGCCCUUGAAAUGUCAUCUGGUCACAUUCAGGAGUUCUCAUUAACUCAUCUAACACUACCAAUGCUGGAAUCUUCAGCGGAAAACUAUAAUCAGUGUAAAGAUGCAGCUUUUCUCAUUAACACCAUCAGGACAGUGUUUACUUCAUCUGAAGCUCUGAAUGACAGUUUUAGAACAGCUAAUGGGGAACAUCACAAUUCUCUGGAUGUUCCUGCUGUAAGAGAAGCAUACAAACUCCUUUUGAGUUUAGAACCUCAGAAUACAUUUGUUCAGCCACUUCUGAAUUCCCUCGAGAUUCACCUCACAACCUUGAGCUCUUUGGUUUUAAAUCCAGACGGAGUGGCACAGCUGGUCAUUUUGAUAGAGAAUCCACUUGUACAAGACUCUCAAGCCCUCUUAUGGAAAAUGUGCUUGGUGUUAAGUAAUCUAUCAGUUGAUUCAAGGAAGGCCUUGAUCAAGAUUUUAUCCUGUUAUGAUGUAGAUUCCUUCAAGCACCUCCUUCAGGUAUGUUGAGCAAUGAUGUUUUUGUUUUGGCUGUAGCUCUUAGAAUUGCAAUGAUAUGCAUUAAUGUAGGAUAUACUUGAGAUUUUGCAUGUCUUUUUUUGCUGGAUCAUUAAUGGGGAUAUAUAUUUGUCAAACCUCUCAGAUAAUUUUUUAUUUUGAUGAUCAGAAGUUCAUAACUUACCAAUGAUGGCUGUGGCAACAGCAAGAAAGACUUGCUCAAUGUAUCUGCCUUACUCAUUUCAGCUCAGUUGUGUGGUCUUUUUUAUAGUACUGAAUUGGUGAUUGAUACUCUGAGUUACUAUAAAUUAUUAGCAUAUUCAUUCCCAGGCAAGUGCAAAUGCUGAUUGUCUUUAAUUUUUCUCCCUGAUCACCAGGUUUUCCAGACGUAUCUGAGCAGCCUGAUUUCACCAGGCCAGUGUAGCAAGCCACGCUUGCUAGAAGCAUGUAAAACUUUAGCCAUACUCUACGACACCUGCUAUCAACUCAACAAGAAAAGAAAAGAGGAAUUUGUUCCUCUUUCUGACUUUUACAAUGAAGAUCUCUCAUUGAAAAUGGAUUUCAAGAAAGAAUAUGAGCACUGGAGAACUUUGCGGGAAUCAAACAGGUACUUGUUAGUUGUGACAUGAUUGCUGCUUCAGCCACAAAAUAUCUCAAUAAUUCAUACAAUGUUAAAAUGUUGAUGUAUUAUAACUGAAAGACAUAAAUUUGAUAAAUGAUGAAAAUGGAAAAUUAUAUAAUUUUUUUUCUCUUCCAGAUCACAAAGUGGUAAAAAAUUAUCCCUUCUUGAUUAUCCAUUUCUAUUCGACCCAACUUCAAAGGUAAUGCGAAAUCUAGUGACAUGAUAUUUGUGACACAACACAUCAGUUUAUACAUAUAUGUUGUAUUUUUUUUAACCCUUUAACCCCUAAGAGUGAUAAGCAUCUAAUUUCUCCUAGUAGUAUCACCCCUGAACCAAAUAUUAAGGUAAGGAGAGUUAACCCUUUAACUCCCAGAAGUGAUUAACAUAUAACUUCUCCCUAUAAUAUCCAUACAUUAUCCAACAAACAGGUAGUGAGAUUAUUCAAACUUAUCAGGUAUGAUAGUAUCUUGAUUGAACACCAAAUUCUUGCAACCAUUUUACAAGGAAAUGUGUAGCAUUUAGAGGAGAGAAUUAACUAUCAGAUCUUGGAAGUUAAAGGGUUAAGGAAGUGAUAGCAAAUUCAAGAAGCUCUUGAUUAUAACACAAAUUCUCUUUGCCAGUACCAUAGGAACUGUAAGGAGCUCAGUAUGGAGAAAAUUAAUGCUAAUCUUAGAGUGCAAAGGGUUCAGUGAGUUUCAGGUCAAAUUGAUUGUGGAUAUCUGUGAUGUGAGUAAAAUGCCAAAAACCAAAACCAAACCAUAAAAAAUUAUUUUCAACCUGAAGUAAUGGUUGGGGUGUAUUAAUUAAAAAAAAGUGGAGAAUAUUUGCUGGUAAUUUUUAAGAGAAAAAAAAAAGGUUAUAAGGAAAACUGGUUAUUUUAUGUAUUGAUCAGUUACAACAGCGAUUUUGCAGUAUUUCAUGGAAUGUCAAAUUUCCAAACUACUUUGGUAUAAAAAACUAUUUUACCAUACAGGUACAAUUAUAUCAUUAUAUGGUACACAGGACUUUCUGUCCUAUUUUUGUUGUAUGAUUUCAUGUGUUUCCUUGGGAACAAGCCCAAAUUAAGUCCUGUGUUUUCCAAAUUCAGGUGAGAGUCCUUAAAAUUGAUGCUGUAUCACAGAUGAGAGUGGAAUAUCAAAAUGCAAUUGUCCAUCAGGCCCGUGUGCAACAAGCACAGAGACUAUGGGAAGAGGCACAGAAGAAAACCAAUGAAUUGGAAGAUGCUGUCAAAUCUGCCAUGUGUCCAUUUCUUGUUCUGGAAGUUCGCCGAGAUAAUUUGAUUGAGGAUACAUUAAAUCAGAUCAACCUCAAGGUCAUUGACUUAAUUGUUUUCUUGUGGUUGUAUUUUUAUGAAAUGAACUGAGAAGUGGAACCAAAACAUUUGAUCACCCCAUUUAUAAGACCACCUUGUUCUCUCUACCGUCACAAAACCCCUCUCCUUUUCAGGAGUAUAAGUGUAAGUAUAGACUCAAAUGUACUGGUAUUAACAUGAUGAUUUGGUUCAGAUUCUGAGCGCUGGUUGUUUAAACAAAAUUUAGCUGUUGUUAAACAAAACUGCAUUCUAAGCCGUCUUCAAUUUAGCAGAUCCAUAUAUCUGAACAUUUAUUUUUGUGAACAGUGUCAAGAGGGCCCAAAGCUCAUAAUAAAAAGAGAGUUAUUUAAUUAAAUUAAUUAGAGAAUCCCUGAGGCUCACCACUUGCAUAAAACCAUGGUUUGGGUUUGACCUUGUGUCAAUAACCAGCUCUGAGAAUUUGAUGCAGGAUUACUCAAUUAAUGUUUUCUUUUUUUCCAACUACAGGAAUUUGACUUGAAAAAACCACUGAAGAUAAAGUAUGUUGGUGGAGGAGAACAAGGGCUGGAUAUGGGAGGACUGCAGAAAGAAUUCUUUCACAUGAUUGUUGAAGCUAUCUUUGACCCUGGUAGAUAUAUUUUACAAUAAUUUUUGGAUACAUGGUGGUCCCUGAGGGACUUUUCUUGAACACAUGUGAAAAGUCAGCUGAGAGAACACAUUUGAGAAUAUUGUCAGGUGGUUCCAGCUGACUGACAGACAGAUUGACCAAAUGGAUCACAGAAUAACUGACUGAUAUGCUUACUCACCGACUCAAUGAAUGAUAUGCUGACUAACUGACUGUCACAGUCUUUAACUGACUGACCAGCUAACAGAUAUAUUUACUUACUGGCUCAAUGAAUGCUACACUGACUUACUGACUGUCUCAGUCUCAGACUGACUUACUGACUGACCUAACUGAUUAACUGAUGAAUCUAACUGAUGUACUGACUUACUGACUCACUGACUGGUGGACUGACUGACCAACUGAACAACUCAAUUACUUACUGACUGACUGACUGAUAAGUUGAAUUUGAAAAAGAAAUAAUAAUGAAUAAAUAAGAAUAAAGUAGUUUAAUUAGUUCAUUUAACUAAAUUAUUUUCGUUUUUCACGUAACCAUGUUCCCACCAAUAGCAUAGCUCCAUUUUCUGCAUAUAAGCAAACACACAACCCACAUUUCCUCCAUUUGCUGUGACGAAGGGCUAACGCUCGAAACGUCAGCUUUGAAACUCUCUACGGAGGCCAAUUUACGUUAUCAACUCACUUGACAACACCAAAUUUCCUAGCUAUACUCUCCUACCGACGCAGCACCACAUUUUCUUUUAAAAACUUACCACCUCCAUUCACUUGACUGAGUGACUUACCAAAGAUCCUUAUAUGCAAUGUUACAGGAAAGAUCAACACCACUAGUAUAGAUUGAUGAUAUUUAGUAAAUGACGGUGUUUUGCUUCAUAGGAAUCAGAUGAGGAUUUGUCAUAUUGAUGGUUUUUUAUGCUUCCUCUCUUUCUUUAUUCAGGCUAUGGGAUGUUCACUAACAUUGAUGAAACACAUUGUGUUUGGCUAAAAAGCUCCUCUCUUGAAUCAGAGAAGGAAUUUGAGCUGGUUGGAAUUCUUCUUGGCUUAGCAAUCUACAAUGGUAUCAUAUUAGAUGUGCAUUUUCCUCCUGUGAUUUACAAGAAGCUUCAAGGAGAGAAACUGGACUUACUUGAUUUAAAGAGCAUACAGCCUUCUCUCGCCAGAAGCUUAGGGGAGUUACUGCAGUUCGAGGGUGAUGUGGAAGACACAUUUUGCUAUACUUUCCAGGUAAUGCUGAAGAGAAACUUAAGUAAUUCGUUCUAGACUACUAGCAAUCCCUCUGUAUCAGUGGAUUCCGUCGCGUGUGUUGAUUGGAAAAAUAGUCAAGGGGUGCCGGGGAAUAUUUAGCCGAUGCAGAGCGCGGGGAGAACGAUUGUCAACCAAGUCUGAUUGGCUGAAGAUUUUGCAUCUUAGCUUUGAUAGGUUUAGGUUGUGUAUAGGAUCCAUUGCAAAGUGUACAAAGCAAAAAAAAUUGAUAAUACAAAAAUGAUAACGGUUACAGCCGUCAGCCGAAAUUAGGACUCGCCUUUUCUGUAAUUUUUUUUUCACAGGUUUCUUCAAGUGAGUUCGGAAAUCUUCAAAGUAUAGAACUUCUACCAAACGGCGAAAACAUCUUUGUAACGAACAGCAACAGAGAGCAGUUUGUCUCACUGUAUGUCAAUCACCUUCUUGUCAAAUGUGUUGAGAGGCAGUUCGGGGCAUUUUCACGAGGAUUUCAUAAGGUAUGUAAUUUUCUUGGAGACAAAAAAAGUUUUUUUGUGGUAAAGAAAGUAAAGCCCGCUUAGCGGUUGAGGGAGCUAGGUGAAGUCAGAAAUCGUCGAAAGGAAUUUCAGCCGUCGGUUUUUUCCUUAGAUCUAUCCCAUUGAGAUAAAAUUUCGUCGGGGCCGUCAAUUGAUUAGUAGCUUUGAACGUCGUAAACAGUCAGAAAAGCCACCGGCAGAUUAUUGUGACAUAUUUAUUAUUAAAAUUUUUCAGUUAUUUGAUGCCCCUAGUAGUGCGCAUUUCGACCGACCGUCGUCAAGCCAAAUCCAAAGUGAUCUCACAAUAGCUAAUGCACAGGCAGCGAAUGAGAACAAGCAAGCAAACAGCCUGUUGCGCGGGAAAACGCGGGCGACCAUUUCGCGGACCUUAAGUUUUUAAUUUGAUUGGUCGAGGAAGUGGUGCGAAUUUUCUGAACCAAUCAAAAAUCAAGUAAAGCAAAACAAAAGCAAACUCGGAAUACUUUCGACGCUCAAUCGGAAAUUGUGAUAUCGAUUGUUUCUUGUUUGGUUUGGUUGUUUUCAGGUAUGUGGAGGCGAAGUGCUGACACUAUUCCGUCCUGACGAGCUGGAACUUCUGAUCUGUGGGUGCCCUGUGAUUGAUUUCUACGAGCUUGAAGUAGCAGCCACAUACGAAGACGGUUACAACCACAGUCAUCCCACAAUCACAAUGCUGUGGAAAGUUGUUAAUGAGAUGACUCUGGAACAGAAGAAAGCGUUUCUUAUGUUUGUCACUGGCAGUGAUAGAGUGCCUCUCAAAGGGCUGGUUAAUUUUACUUUUAUUGUGCAGCGCCAUGGAGAGGAUUCUGACAGACUUCCGACAGCUUUAACGUGUUUUAACAGGCUUCUGUUGCCUGAGUACAGCACUAGAGUGAAGCUGAAGGAGCGGUUGAUUGUGGCGAUUGAAAAUUGCAAAGGUUUUGGACUUACUUAGAUUUCAUAAGGCUUGACGGACAGUUGUUAGGCGAAUUGAAUCAUAGAGCCAUUCACAAGAAAAAAAACAACAACAAAAAGCACAUCGAGAUGAACCAAUCAGAAAUCGAUGAAGUAGUGUGUGAGCGAUGAUUGGCAUGGGAAAAAUCGAAGACGAUGUAAAGCCCGGGAAUACAUUUAACAGGCAGCGAGUACGAAGCGGGCCUUGUAUUGACAAGCUUGAAAGUGACAAGGGCGGGAAAAUUUGUCGCAGGUGUGGGAAAGCGCGGAACUGAUGGCAGUCACAGGAAAACGCGGAAAAACCCGAUCGACGACAAAGAUUGCCGUGGAUUAUACGCUGCGGCAUAGUCUGAUUGGUCGUAGCGGUGUUAAUUCAUGGUUGCCGUUUAUCGAGAGUAAAUAUGAUACAAAAAAUCGCGGGAAUUGAGCAAUCAUCACCAGAAAUACAAAAUGUAAAAUGAACACGAGAAUUUUGCUAAGUGCGAGGAAAAGGGGAUUUGUGACUGAUCCUGUUUUGAAGUUUCUUUCGCGUAUUGUACAGAUCAUUAAACGUUUGACUACGUGCAAGUUGAAGGUAACUUAAAAAAUGAUUCAAACGUGUGUUUUGAAAAUAGAGAAUUUGUCAUGUGUACGAGGUUGUGUAUUUUUUGAAAUGUAAUAUAUUGAAAGGUUUACAAUGAUGGUUUGUGAAAAUGGAAUUUAUCUUCAAUUUAAGGGCACAAUAUCUCUUUGAAAAGUUGUUAUUUAUUAGUCAAUUAAUAUUUUGGGUUUUUUGUUACUUUUUCCUUUUUUUUUCGAAUCAACGGUGAGGACAGGUUGUCGAGCAGGAAGUAUUAUUUAUAUUGUAAAAUAUGUAAAUAGUGAAUUUGAAAGUUACUGCUUUCUAUAACAAAUAUUUCCUAAAUUUUCAGAAGACAGGCGGUUUUCUUAAUUGUGAUUUUAAAGUGAAUACUUUUGCCUCAAGAAUCCCCGAACAAACCUUUAAAAUUUUUUAUCGUGUUGCAUUCUUUGUAAACACUAGUCAGGAAAUGCCUCAAACAAUAAAUUUGUGUUCUCCAUAUUUGUCAAUGUCUUUGGUAUUUUUAUUUAAUUUAUUGAUAUUUCCG